AUGGAAAAGGAAAUGUCGCCAUUAGUGCACAACGGAUCAAACGGUCCUUCUGAACUAGAUAUGGAACUCGACGAAAAUGAUACCGAUGGAACUGAAUCGACUGCCAGCAAAGUGUCUGGUGUCAUGUCAACUUGGCUUGCUGCGCAGCCGAAGUUGACGGCAAAGAGUAAAUCUGGAUACAUUUUGUUCUCGGCCGAGAUACGAAAACGAAUUAUGCACGAGAACCCUGACUCAGGUUUCGGUGAAGUGUCCAAGAUUGUAGGAAUUGAGUGGAAGAAACUAUCUGAUGAUCAAAAGCGCCAGUAUGAGGUCCGUGCCGAAUACAUUGCCAGCGAACGUGCUAAACAGGAAGCGGCCAGAGCUGCAACGGAGAAGUCACUACAGCCUGGUCAAAUGCGUAUCUAUCAGUGCAAGUGGAUCAACUGUGAUUCUCAGUUUGAUAGCGAAAAUGGUCUUUAUGAACACAUUGUGCAGCAUCAUACAAGUCAGAUAAUCAUGGACAGUGAGCAGCAGUAUGUGUGUAUGUGGGAGAAACAUAUUGGUACCUCAAUGAAAAGCGUGUAUGCGAAUCAAAUUGGCAGGAAUUUCUUCAAAUUAACAACCCAAACCACACCAAAUGAGAGACCACAACUAGUCUUGUUCACAUUCCGUACGGAAGGGGUCUGGCCCAGCUGUCUCAAACGCCUUCAACUCCUCAGGCUGCUCAUGUUAAAUGCGGUCAUGGAGCGAAUGCAGCAACCUCAUCUUAACGGAGACAUCAAUUAUUCAGCCACAAGUGCAGCAAUCACAUCAACCUCCUACUGCUCAAAUCCAAUCGCAAGUCGCUCAUCAAGCUACGCCUUCAUGCUCACAGGAGCUAUUCCAUCGUCAUCAGUAGCUGUGCCAACAAUCACUGAUGCUGGUCGUACUGUCGUGAAAUCUCAGGGAGUUGAGCCAGUCUUUGGGCCUGACCCACACCUUCGUCCGGCUUUCAUGACACGCCGUCCACUUUUCGUCGAAUCGCGCGAACGCUCUGUCUCGAAAUGGGAUGCAUCGCUGAGCACAAACCCGCGUAAUGCGCAGCCGAAUGCAGCUCGACCGCCUCCGACACAUUGGAUCAGAGAAUCUCGUGGGCGACCGGUUACUCGAGAAGAAGACGUGGUGCGUGCACUGUGGCGACUACGUGAUGAACUCCUUGAAAGCACUUGCAACAUGUCAGUAGAAAGGGACGUUGGUGGUGUUUUAUGA